AAUCCAUUUGCCCCUCCAAGAACAGUCAUUAUUCAGCGGGGCACAGAGUUCAUCGGUGGACAGCCCUCUCAGAUCAAACCAACUCAAUUUUUACACAACAUCAAUAAUAUCCUGAGAGAUAUUGUAACUUGGAGCAGCGGUUCCUCGUAUAUUAGCUACUGAAGCGCACAAACCGAAUACUACACUCUAUAGCGACGUCAAAAUGGUUCUGGCAAAGUCCAAGAACUCGGUCGGUUUGGGCAACGCCCUCAUGAACGAUCGCUUCGGUAAAGGCAAGGGAACCGACAGGAAGCGAACUUCUGCCAUCACCAGGACAAACCACGCCACGGGCGAACAAUAUCUUGUCAACGAGAAGAAGGAUGCUGCUUGGGUCAAGAUGCGCUCCGUUACGGAGCAAGGCGAUCUGGAUGAGUUCCUGGCCACCGCCGAGUUGGCUGGUACCGAUUUCACAGCCGAAAAGACCAACAAUGUCAAGAUUAUCCAUACAGACCAAAAGAACCCGUACCUUCUCUCGGCGCAUGAGGAGAGAGACGUUCUUGGAAAGCACAAGCAGCAUAAAGGUCGUUUAACUGUUCCCCGAAGGCCCGAGUGGGAUUCUACAACAACACCUGAAGAACUGGACGCACGAGAGCGAGAGAAUUUCCUUAACUGGAGACGCGGCUUGGCCGAGCUGCAAGAGAAUAACGAUCUUCUUAUGACACCUUUUGAGCGAAACUUAGAGGUUUGGCGGCAGCUCUGGCGAGUUAUUGAGCGAUCGGAUCUUAUUGUCCAGAUCGUCGAUGCCAGAAACCCUCUCCUAUUCCGUUCUGAGGAUCUUGAGUCAUAUGUCAAGGCUGUUGAUCCCAAGAAAGAGAACCUUCUCCUCAUCAACAAGGCGGACAUGAUGACACCCAAACAGCGAAAGGCUUGGGCAAAGCACCUAAAGGAGGCUGGCAUUGCAUAUCGCUUUUUCUCCGCUGAGCUGGCCAAGGCAGAGAACGAGGCGAGGGAGUUUGGCGAUUCAGAAGAUGAGUCGCCCGUCGGGCCUUCGUCAGAAUCCGCCCAGGAGGAACAAGCAGAGGGUAGCGACCAACAAGAACAAGAAGGUGCUCCUCUGGCCCAAGACUUGGCGCCACAGAGUCAAAUUGAUAUAGAGGCAAAUGCGGCAGAGGAAGCCGACGAUAUUGACACACAGAUUCUUACAGUUCAAGAGCUGGAAGACAUCUUCUUGAAACAUUCUCCCGCAGACGCAGGCUCGGAUCACAAGCUGCAGGUUGGCUUAGUUGGUUAUCCCAACGUUGGUAAAUCCUCUACUAUCAAUGCUCUCAUUGGUGCAAAGAAAGUUUCGGUCUCUUCAACUCCAGGAAAGACCAAGCACUUCCAGACCAUUCACCUCAGUGAACGUGUGAUCCUCUGCGAUUGUCCUGGUCUCGUCUUCCCCAACUUUGCUACCACCAAGGCCGAUCUUGUCUGUAACGGUGUUCUCCCCAUCGACCAGCUUCGCGAGUUCCAGGGACCCGUGGGCCUCGUCACUCAGCGAAUCCCUCAACCUUUCCUUGAGGCAAUCUAUGGUAUUCAUAUCCGCACCCGAGCCAUUGAGGAGGGGGGUACAGGAAUCCCUACAGCUGCCGAGCUGCUCCGUGCAUAUGCGCGCGCCCGUGGUUUCCAAACCCAGGGUCUUGGUCAGCCUGAUGAGUCCCGUGCUGCUCGGUAUAUCCUCAAGGACUACGUAAAUGGUAAGCUGCUAUUCGUUUCACCCCCUCCAGGAAUUGAGGAUGCGGCCGACUUCAACCGAGGGCUCUACGAUGAAGAGCACCUCCCCGAGAAACGACGUGCUGCCCUAAGUGCCGCUAUGGAUCAGCUCUCACUCGUCGACCCAGCCAGCAGCGAACCCUUCCUUGCCAUGGACGACGAUGCUGUUGACCUUGCCUCGACCGUCGAUGUUCCCCUCCCUGCCGGUCCAAAGUCCCAGAAGAUCGACAAGGGUUUCUUCGGUCCUUCCAGUUCUCAAGGUCACGUUAGCCGACCUUUUAACUACCAAUACUCAGAGCAGGGGAAGGAAGAUCCUCUGGCGGGUAAACACCUGUCCGGUCGCAAAGCGCGCACAGUGGUCGCUCUCGAGAACGGCCUUGACCCCAAGGAGGUUCAAAUGGCGUCAAGCAAGAAGCACUUUAAGGGUAACCCUAAGGGCGGAAAGGGUAAACGUCGCGCUGCCCGCAGAGCAGGAGACGACGAUGAUUGAGCUAAAAGAAAGGGAAAAGAGAAAUCGGGAACUGAAAAUCGGAUACAUUGGCAUUGAGGAGGAACAAAAGGUGGGCUUCGGAAACCGGGUGCAUUGGGUCUGGUAGAAAAGGAUCUUAUUAUGGGUAGGGUUUAGGCCAAGUUAUGAUGAUACUACACACGUUUUGACCAUUACGGUCAGUUAUGGAAUUGAAAUGAACUUCUGCUUUUUUUCGGCUUGGAAUCGUUGUUAGAUUUACGGCUCAGCAUUGGUGGUUGCCAAAGUUAACUGGA